AUGUCCCUCAAUUCGCCCAUCACCCCCGGCGCCGGCAACCUCUCGCUGUUCCCCAACACCAGCACCCCAUCUCUGAGCCGGAGCCAGACCGGUGGCCAGGGCGGGGUCGCAAUCGUCAAAGAAGGAUUCGUGCGGUGUAAGGAGGACAAGUUCUUAGCCACCUGGAACCAGCGUUACUUGAUCCUACGCGAAUCUCGCAUCGAAUUUAUGAAAAAUGAGUCCGGAAAGAUUGUCACCAACUUCCCCUUGACCACCGUGACCGCUGUUUCCCGUUCCGAAGAUACCAAGAUGGCCUUUGAAAUCACUCGCCUGGCCAACCCGAAGGAUGCGAACUCCAAGACCGCAAUGAUUACCCGAGAUGUGGCGACGAAGACGAUCACCUGUGAGGUGAGAUCCGAUGACGAGAUCUAUGAGUGGAUCGACAAAAUCUACGAGCGCUGCCCCGGUAUGGGUGGUGUCAGUAACCCAACCAACUUCAGCCACCGCGUCCAUGUCGGCUUUGAUCCGCAAACCGGCGCUUUCGUAGGAUUACCGCCAGAGUGGGAGAAACUGCUCACGGCCUCGGCCAUUACCAAGGAAGACUACAAGAAGAACCCCCAAGCGGUCAUCGAGGUCUUGGAGUUCUACUCCGAUAUCAAGAUGCGCGAGCAGAAUCCUCAGUACUAUGGUGGUAUGAAUGGACCAGCUGGUUCGCAGCCCAAGCCCCUCGGCAGCAACAACGUAGGAAGUUCCAUUGCUCCUCCUCGACCUCCGCCACCAGGCCCUCUGCAACGUCUCGACAGCGGACAAUCUAAGGCUUCAAUGGAUAGCUCCAUGCGUUCAAACACAUCUUCUCCUGGACAAUCACAGGGUGGGGAUCGUGCCAUGGAGCAGCAGCAACAAUUGGAGCGUAUGAAAGAGAUGGCAGACCAGGAACGUCGCCGGGUGGAGGAGGAACAACGCCGCAAGGACGACGAAGCAUACAACGCCUCCCUGCCCCAGUCACGAACUCCAAUGGCCAAGCAAGAGCUUGGAGGCUAUGGUGGAGAACCUACCCCGAUGAACAGCCGCUACCAACCCAGACAAGACCCUCGCCAACUCACCGCACAGCGACCCGCCCCCGCUCCUCCAUCACAGAGCCCCUAUGGACAAGGCGCUCCCCGUACGCCCGGUGGCUCCCGCAGCGAAGAUCAAGGCUCGCCUAACCGCUAUCCCGCCAAUGAUCCUCGCUCUCAGGCUGCCCGUCCUCAGAAUGGUGGUAGCAAGGGCCAGCAAGCUCAGGGUCCCCCUCCUACUCGUCUUCCCGCUCCAGUUCAGGCCGUGAAGCCACUGAACAUUGCCAACAAGCAGACCACUAACAAACAAGCCGUUCCUGAUGGAGUUCGUCAGGCGGAGGCUGCACUUACUAAGAAGCCUGAGCCGCGACAAAAGGAAGUGCGUAUGUCGGCGAUGUCAGAGAAUGAAGUGAUGGAUCGAUUGAGAGCUGUUGUAUCCAAGGACAACCCCAACGAAUCGUACAGCAAGCAGCGCAAGAUUGGUCAGGGUGCCUCCGGAUCAGUCUACGUGGCGCGGGUCAAGGAACAUGCCCCAUCGCCUGUGGCUCAUGAGCUGUACAGACAGUAUGGCGCACGCUGCCAGGUUGCUAUCAAGCAGAUGGAUCUCCGCAGCCAGCCCCGAAAGGAGCUGAUCGUCAACGAGAUUAUCGUCAUGAAGGACAGCCAACACCCCAACAUUGUCAACUUCCUGGAUUCCUUCCUGCAAGAAUCGAGCAACGAGCUGUGGGUGGUGAUGGAAUUUAUGGAGGGUGGAGCGUUGACAGAUGUGAUCGACAACAACCAAGUGAUUUCCGAGAACCAAAUCGCCACCAUCUGCUCUGAGACUUGCAAGGGGCUGGCCCACCUGCACAGCCAGAACAUCAUCCACCGAGAUAUCAAGAGUGACAACGUGCUCCUCGACCGAGUCGGCCACGUCAAGAUCACCGAUUUCGGUUUCUGUGCCAAACUCACCGAGUCCAAGAGCAAGCGCGCCACAAUGGUCGGCACACCAUACUGGAUGGCACCAGAGGUCGUCAAGCAAAAGGAGUACGGCCCCAAGGUUGACUGUUGGUCUCUGGGUAUCAUGGCCAUUGAGAUGAUCGAGUCCGAGCCGCCUUACCUGAACGAAGAGCCCCUGAAGGCUCUCUACCUAAUCGCAACAAACGGCACCCCCCGUCUGAAGAAGCCUGAGAAACUUAGCAAGGAGCUCAAGGCUUUCCUCAGCGUCUGUCUCUGCGUCGACGUCCGCAGCCGUGCUACUGCGGACGAACUCCUCGCCCACGAAUUCUUGCAGACUGGCUGCAGCCUCGCCAGUCUAGCCGAACUCCUUAGAUGGAAGAAGGCCAAUGGCCAGUAA